GAAACAUUCUAUGAAAUAGUGUGUGGGAUUUUGCCAGUAAAUUUUCAAUUUUAACCUGUUAUCUUUUUUGUUGCCUCUCUAUUUUUAAAAUUUAUAAUUGUGAGUGCAAUGAAUUUUAAUAAAUUGUAAUAAAUAACAGUAAAAUGGCUCCAACUAUUCAAGUUAACGGCACAGUUGCAGAAAGGGAAAAAAGAUCAGUGCGACAAGAAGACAGAAGAUCGGAGUUACUAUGCAGAAUCAAAUUCUGUAAUACACUCCCGGACAUUCCAUUUGAUUUGAAAUUUAUAACAUAUCCCUUCGAAUCUACCAGAUUUAUUGAUUAUAAUCCAACAUCCUUGGAGAGAAAUCACAAAUACGAUGUCCUGACAGAACACGAUCUUGGCGUUGAGGUCGAUUUAAUAAACAAAGAUGUUUACGCUGUUGAUCUUAAUGUUUCUCUCGAUCCUGCCGAUGAGAAACUUCUCGAGGAAGACAUUUUGACACCACAAGAUUCGAAACGUUCCAGACAUCAUGCACGUAGUGUAUCGUGGCUUCGACGUACAGAAUAUAUUUCAACUGAACAAACUCGUUUCCAACCUGGAAAUGUGGAAAAAGUCGAAGCUAAAGUUGGUUUCAGUAUUAAGAAAAAUUUCAAGGAAGAAACACUUUAUAUGGACAGAGAUGGUCAAAUAAAGGCCAUCGAGAAAACUUUCGAGGAUAAUAAAAGACCAAUUGAAAGACAUUACAGUAAAUCGAAUGUUGUUCCAGUUGAAAUAUUACCAGUUUAUCCUGACUUUAAACUGUGGAAAUAUCCUUGUGCUCAAGUCAUCUUCGAUUCAGAUCCUGCGCCUAUUGGUCGAUCAGUUCCUGCUCAAAUUGAAGAAAUGUCUCAAGCAAUGAUUCGGGGUGUGAUGGACGAGAGUGGAGAACAAUUUGUCGCUUACUUCUUACCACAAGAGGACACAUUGGAUAAACGUAAGCGAGAUCAAAUGGCUGGUAUCGAAUAUGCUGAAGACGAAGAAUAUGAUUAUAAAAUGGCUCGAGAAUAUAAUUGGAACGUUAAAAGUAAAUCGUCUAAAGGUUACGAAGAAAACUACUUCCUUGUUAUGCGCGAAGAUGGGGUGUAUUACAACGAAUUGGAAACCCGUGUACGACUUAAUAAACGUCGACAAAAAGCUGGACAACAACCAAACAAUACUCGAUUGGUUGUUCGUCAUCGUGUACUCAAUGCAACUGAAUUUAGAAUGCAACGUUAUCGAGAGAAACAACUUGAACCACCAAAUGAUGAAGAUGAUGAGGAAGAAGAGGAGGAGGAAGAAGAAGAAACUCAACUUAUUCCCGAUAGAAAUGAAGAUAAAGCUGGUUCCGAUAAUGAAGACGGAUCGCGAGCAUCAUCUCGUGCUUCAUCGCGAGGAUCACGUGCAUCAUCACAAGCAUCAAGUAAAAAAUCAGGAUCACGUUCGCGAUCUGGAUCACCAGCAAAAUCAAGAUCUCGUUCACGAUCACCAUCAAAGGCACGUUCACAACGUUCUGUUUCUCGUUCACAACGUUCUGCAUCACGUUCACAACGUUCUGUAUCACGUUCACAACGUUCUGUAUCACGUUCACAACGCUCGGCAUCGCGAUCACAACGUUCUGUAUCACGUUCUCAAUCAAGAUCAUCAUCAAAAGCACGUUCAACUUCACGAUCACGUUCACGUUCUCAAUCAAAAUCACGAUCAGUGACACCACAAUCGAGAGCAUCUUCCAAAUCAAGAUCACCAUCCAGAUCACGAUCACGUUCGGCGUCACCUUCAAAAUCACGAUCAGUCACACCUGCAAAAUCACGUUCACAAUCGCCAGCAAAAUCACGAUCACAAACACCAACAAAGUCAAGAUCACAAAGUCCCGCUAAAUCGAGAUCACAAUCAAAAUCACCGUCAAGAUCAAGAUCAAGAUCGGGAUCAAAAUCAAGAUCACCAUCAAAGUCGGGCAGCGGAAGUGGCAGUGGAAGUGAAAGUAGCGAAAGUGGUUCCGAGGCUUAAUGAAAAAUAAUCGAGAAUAAUUGGGGGAAAAAAAAAAAAAAUUAAUUUUGUAAAUUUUUCACAGAAAGAUGAAUUUUAAAACAAAUUUCCAGGUAUUUAGUCAUCAAUUUCGUUUUUCUUUUUAUUCAUUUUAUUUGAAUUAUGUGCAUGUAACGAUUUUUUACUAAUUAUUUUUUCCAUAAUAAGGAAAAAAAUUUCAAUAGAGAAACUUAUUAAAAAUGACAGCAAUAUUCUUUUGGCAUCUAAGUAGGUGGAGCUAAUUAAUUCCCGUUUGGGUGAGAAAAUAUAUUUGCAAAAAGUCAUUCUGUGUAAUUUUCUCCUUUUAUUUCAUGUAUAAAAUUUACUAUAAUAGUAUUAAUAUUAUAGUUCUGUUUUUUUUUUGCUUUCUGUUAAUCGAUCGUACUGUACAAGUUUACUGUCGGAAAUGCAUGAAUUUCCCUUAAAAAUCAUUAGUUAAAAUUUUCAUUUUAAAGAAUUUUAUGAUAAAAUUUUUUUUUAAGACGAACUAUCAUUUUUCGAAUAAAACCUAACAGAAUUUCUUUUUAAUCGAAUUUUAACUAAACAGAUGUUUUAGAAAUUGAAUUUUUUUGUUUGAAAGAAUUUUUAUUUUACAAAAUUUCUCUUUACCCAACUUUUUUUUAAAUAGAUUUUAAUUUAAACGAAUAAUAAUUUAGCAGAAUUUUAAUUGAACAGAAUUUUAAAUGAUUCGAAUUUUUAAAUGCCAAAAUUUUCAAUUCAUCGAAUCUUCAUUUGUCUGAAUUUUUUAUUUACACGAAAUAUUAUUAUUUGAUAGAAUUCUUAAAACACCGAAUUUCCAAUUGACCGAAAUUGAAUAAACAAUCGACAGAAAGAUUUUGUCCCGAAUUUUAAAAUUAAAAUUAUAAUCAUUGAUUUUUAUUGAAAAUUCAUGCACCUUUUACUAUCCUGUAAUUCCUAAUUUCAAUAAUUAAUAACUGACAUUGUUAAUAAUUUAAUUAUUAAUAGAUUUAUUAUUAAUAAUUUUAUUUUUAAAAAAUCAAGUCUAUUUGUAAUAAAAUGUAAUUUUUUCUUCUGUCUAAUUUAUAUUUGAAAUUGACAUAUUUUAAUGAAAGAUAUUCUUUCGUUGUAAUUAGAAUUUUGUGAUGAAUUUUAACAAAUGUAUACUUUUGAAUAUUUUAAAUAUUUUCGUAAUGAUUUUUACAUAUAUAGUGCAAACAUCUCCAAUGAAGAAAUUGUUUCCCUUUUCCAAAAUUUUAACACAACUAUCUACUAUUUUCUAGUGAAUUUGUAAAUUUUAAUUUACGAGCUUAAGAAGAUCAAAAAUAUUAUUGAAAAUUUACUGAUUGUAUUUGAUAGAAUAAAAAUGGAAAGUAACCAUUUUUUUUAGAUAGAAGUUAAAUAAAUUUAAAACACACAUGUCUGUAUUGGAGGAUUAAUUUUAAUAAAAUAGAUCUAUUACACAAUACGUU